AUGGAAUGGCCCAGAGGUGUGUGUGUCCUCUGGUCUCCUCCCUUCUGGCAGUAGCAGUAAUGAGUUGUUAACGAUCAGGUCACUGAAGUGGAGGAACACGGGGAUUUCUACACUGACCUCUCUCUCUCUCUCUCUCUCUCUCUCUCUCUCUCUCUCUCUCUCUCUCUCUCUCUCUCUCUCUCUCUCUCUCUCUCUCUCUCUCUCUCUCUGAGAUCCAUCUCAUCUCUGUGCUAUUGUACCCUCCCUUCUCUCUCUCCCUACCUACAGUAUUACUAGUUUAUAUAUCUGAUGAAAAUGCAACAUUUUGUGUAAAUUCCCUCUGACGAUAUUGAUGCUCUCUCUCUCUCUAGAUAAAAUAGAUGAUGAUUUUGACAUGAGCAUUGUGUGUCAUCGGCCAGAAGGGCUGGAUAAACUGGAGGCUCAGACCAACUUCAGCAAGCGAGAGCUGCAAGUGCUCUACCGCGGCUUCAAAAACGUAUGUAGUCAAUCUAUACUUAUCACUCCAUCUCUCCAUUAUUUCAUCACUUAGUGUCCAUCACUCUCUCUGUGGCUGAUCUCUCUCUUUUCUCUCUAUUUUCUCUGUCUUUCUCUCUUUCCAUCUCUCUCCAUCGUAGGAGUGCCCUAGUGGGGUGGUGAAUGAGGACACCUUCAAACAAAUAUACGCACAGUUCUUUCCCCAUGGAGGUAAGAAAUUAGUUUGUGUCUGUGUGUACAUACCCUUUAAAGGUGUUGAGUUGUGUAGUGGAUUUGUCUUAUGAGCACAUAAAGAGUAAUACAUACACUACAUGACCUAAAGUAUGUGGACAUCUGCUCGUCGAACAUCUCACUCCAAAAUGAUGGGCAUUAAUAUAGAGUUGAUCCACCCUUUGCUGCUAUAACAGCCUCCACUCUUCUGGGAAGGCUUUCCACUAGAUGUUGGAACAUUGCUGCGGGGACUUGCUUCCAUUCAGCCACAAGAGCAUUAGUGAGGUCGGACACUGAUGUUGGGCGAUUAGGCCUGGCUCGCAGUCGGCGUUCCAAUUCAUCCCAAAGGUGUUUGAUGAGGUUGAGGUCACCGAUCUCGACAAACUAUUUCUGUAUGGACCUCGCUUUGUGCAUGGGGGCAUUGUCAUGCUGAAACAGGAAAGGGCCUUCCCCAAACUGUUGCCACAAAGUUGGAAGCACAGAAUCGUCUAGAAUGUCAUUGUAUGCUGUAGCGUUAAGAUUUCCCUUCACUGGAACUAAGGAGCCUAGCCCAAACUAUGAAAAACAGCCCCAGACCAUUAUUCCUCUUCCACCUAACUUUACAGUUGGCACUAUGCAUUGGGGCAGGUAGCGUUCUCCUGGCAUCUGCCAAACCCAGACUAAUCCUUCGAACUGCCAGAUGGUGAAGCGUGAUUCAUCACUCCAGAGAACGUGUUUCCACUGCUCCAGAGUCCAAUGGUGGCUAGCUUUACACCACUCCAGCCGAUGCUUGGCAUUGCGCAUAGUGAUCUUAGGCUUGUGUGCGGCUUCUCUGCCAUGGAAACCCAUUUCAUGACGCUCCCGAUGAACAGUUCUUGUGCUGACGUUGCUUCCAGAGGCAGUUAGGAACUCGAUAGUGAGUGUUGCAACCAAGGACAGACAAUUUUUAAGCGUUACGCGCUUCAGCACUCGGCGGUCCCGUUCUGUGAGCUUGUGUGGCCUACCACUUUGCGGCUGAGCUGUUGUUGCUCCUAGACGUUUCCACUUCACAAUAACAGCACUUACAGUUGACCGGGGCAGCUCUAGCAGGUCAGAAAUCUGACGAACUAACUUGUUGGAAAGGUAGCAUCCUAUGACAGUGCCACGUUGAAAGUCACUGAGCUCUUCAGUAAGGCCAUUCUACUGCCAAUGUUUGUCUAUGGAGAUUGCAUGGCUGUGUGCUCGAUUUUAUGCACCUGUCAGCAACGGGUGUGGCUGAAAUAGCAGAAUCCACUAAUUUGAAGGGGAGUCCACAUACUUUUGUAUAUAUAGUGUAUCUCUUCUCUCCAAUGCUCUGCAGAUGCCAGUACCUACGCGCACUACCUUUUCAACGCCUUUGACUCAGCACACAGUGGAUCCAUCACGUUUGAGGUUAACAUUCCUCUACCCCCUCUCUUUCUCUCUUUCUCACAAUCAUCAGAUGACUAACCCUUUGUGUAUUCUGGAUCAUUCUUCUUCUUGUUCUUCUUCUUGUCUCAUUCUGUAAUUCUCUCCCUCCUCCAGGACUUUGUCAUGGCUUUGUCCACCCUACUGAGGGGUUCCGUGAGGGAGAAGCUGACGUGGACUUUCAACCUGUACGACAUCAACAGAGAUGGCUACAUCAACAAGGAGGUGUGUGUAUACUUAAAGAUUGUGUGCGAUUAUUUCACCAUUUAACAAUGACAGGCAAAUAUUAUUGUAUAUAUUUUGCUUCAUAUACUGUGGUUUUGUGUAUUUUGUGUGUGUGUGUUACAGGAGAUGACAGACAUCGUCAGAGCGAUAUAUGACAUGAUGGGCAAGUACACAUACCCUGCCCUGAAGACAGACACUCCCAAACAACAUGUGGAUGCCUUCUUCCAGAAGAUGGACAAGAACAGAGAUGGAGUAGUCACUCUGGAUGAGUUCCUUCUGUCCUGCCAGGAGGUAAACUUUCUCUAGAGUUAUAUGAUCAUCAUUAAACAUUCCUCCCACUUAUUAUGGUCUUCUAUUGUAGUUGGAGGGUUUAAUAUGGUGGAUGGAUCAAAUUAAAUGAUCAACUGACCAACUUCACAGCCAUGCAUCAAUUCAACCACUUUCGGUUUGCUUCCAACCAUCUAUCCAUCUCUAUGUCAACAACAAACAUCUGACCAAUCAGAUUAGAGCAAGGUAGCUGCUAGGAAGAUAAUCAAUUAUCAUUACAGUUCCAAACACUGUUGUGUAAUUUCAUAGUUUAGAAGUACACAACAGUGAUUUAGAAAAUAAUAUUAUAUCUCAUAAAAUAAUCCUAUUUGCCCCUUCUGUAGGUCUUUACUUUUUAACUUCUUCAUCCUGUCCACCAAAGAUUUAGAAUGAAGAUGUCACAUGGAAGUCUGGAAAACGUCAUGGAAACAGUUUGGGUUUAGAAUGCUCAACACUUUCGGCUUGUCAUAAAAUCGACCAAAAUUUACUCCAGUCACUGUGUGGGGGAGAAAUCCGCAAUAUUCGGUAAAAUCCUAUGACUCUCCCAUAGGCACCAAUGUGAUAGCAGCUGGUUUUGGUUGACUAAAUUCCCUUCCUCCCUCUUGCCCCGCCAACCUCGCUCCAACCAAAAAAAACGAGCCUAUGAGGUGUCUUGCUUUCUAUAUGGUCUCUGCUGUUCACAUUGCUGUCCCUUGCUAUCUUCUCCUCUGUCUUUGUUUCCCUCUAGUGGUGGUUAUAUGAACUAGAUGGUACAUUAGUACAGAUUACUCCACUGAGCACUGUAAAUGCAAGUUCAGAGGUAUUAUAUUUCCUACCUGAUAUUAAAUCAGCUCACCUUUUUUCCAUACUUUAUUUUCCCAGGAUGAAAACAUAAUGAGGUCCCUUCAGCUCUUCGAAAAUGUCAUAUAGACCACACAGAGAAAAGGAAAGAAACGAGACAGAGAAAGAAAGACCGGGAGGGAUUGGAAGAGAUGCUUGAACUGUGAGAAGGAAGAGCAGCCUGCCAUUUAAUGGCAAAAAGAGACACAAAUAAACGUUGUUGUCACCAUGGUUACGAGAGGUACUCAACACCGGCUGCCCAGCAACAGCUAUACACACCAGUCGUGUGGCACAGUGUCUCACCAUCACGUUACCAUGGCAGUGACCAAUCAACGGGCUGGGUUAUGGCCCUUGACCUCUGACCUCUGUAUCUGUUUUUGACCUUCCUGUGACCCUGUAACCUUUCAACCUAGUCCGACCUCUCUGUCUUGUUCUGUUGAUGUUGUUAUGCUUACUGUUCUCUCUAAGAGUGUAUAUCACACCUGUUAGUGUACCUACUGACAUAAACACACACAGAUUAAGUCAUACACACAUACCUUGGAUUGAAUCCUCAAUCGCACCACAAAUACAAAUAACAAAUACACAAUCAGUACAUUUUCAUAUGUAGAAUUCAUCUGAUCGGUAUUUGACCUUCAAGAAAAAUAUAUUUGAACCAAGUCAGUCCUAACCCUGCUAAAUGCAGAACUCCUACUCAAUGUGUGUUAGUGUUAGUCAAUGUUUUUGGUGUUGUGGUGACUUGUGUCAUAGUGUUUUUGGCUUCUAUCUUUCUGUCUGCACUGAGCUCUUUUCAUUUUUUUUGUAGUUGGUCUCUUUGUCUGUCAAUCUAAGUCAUGGCCAGACUAUAUCCCGGCCACAGAGCCUGGAUUGGAUGUUAUGUGGCCAAUGAUAGACAUAUACAGUGGUAGUAAGUUAUUGCAAGUCCCAUUUUGAAGUGUAUUCUUAUGCUAGUUUUGUGUCAACACAGGUGUGUGUGGUAUCCUGUGGGACAUUACGACUGUACAAUAACAACUCACUCUCAAGACAAUACCCAACCACUCACUGUGACCAGAUAGAUGGG